AUAAAUGGAACCGUAGAGGGAGGACGUUAGCAAGAGUGUGAUUUUUAUUUAAUCGAUCUUCAAAUCAGUGUUUCUAAUCUUCAUUCUUUUAUUAUUUGUAGGCUUGUCCGACCUAUGUGAUUGUGGUGUUGUUUUUUCAUCUUAAUUUCAUUUGAUUUGUUUUGAUUUUACUCAAAUUCGAAACAUAUAUUUUGUGCGAAAUCUACCGGCAAACUUUUGGAUUAUUUCAAUAUUUGUUUUUAAAAGAAAAUUAAAAUUGUGAACAUGGAGCAACCGUCAAGUAACUUACCCGGUGUUACGGGUACACCUAACGAAGUCGCCCUCCUAGCUCUCAUGCAACAAACAGGAUACCCUCUCGUGCAAGAAAACGGGCAGCGCAAGUUCGGCGGACCACCUCCAGACUGGAGCGGUCCACCCCCUCCCCGGGGCGCCGAGAUUUUCAUCGGGAAAAUCCCAAGAGAUAUCUACGAAGAUAGCCUGAUCCCCGUCUUCCUCAAAAUCGGGAAAAUCUACGAAUUCCGAUUAAUGAUGGAUUUCAGCGGAUCAAACCGAGGCUUCGCUUUCUGCACCUAUUGUACGAAAAGCGACGCGAAACGCGCCAUUCAAGAACUGAACAAUUACGAAAUACUAAAAGGCCGGUACUUGGGUGUGUGUUCAAGUGUUGACAACUGCCGGCUGUUUGUUGGGGGGAUUCCCAAAAAUAAACAAAGGGAGGAAAUAAUGAACGAGAUGUCAAAGGUCACCGAGGGUGUAGUGGACGUCAUAGUGUACCCCAGUGCCAUGGAUAAGUCCAAGAAUCGAGGGUUUGCCUUCGUCGAGUACGAGAACCACCGGUCAGCUGCUAUGGCCAGAAGGAAGCUGAUCCCCGGCCGGGUACAGCUGUGGGGUCACACUAUCGCCGUGGACUGGGCAGAGCCUGAGCCUGAAACUGAUGAGAAUAUUAUGGCAACGGUUCGGAUCCUAUAUGUCAGAAACCUGAUGCUAUCAACAACAGAAGAGAGCCUCCAGGAACACUUUGAGAAAGUUGUCGGCAAAAACGAUUGCGUGGAGCGGGUUAAGAAGCUGAGAGAUUAUGCCUUCGUUCACUUCAGGCAGAGGGAGGAUGCUCUUAAAGCUAUGUCACUUAUGAAAGAUUAUGAGAUUGAUGGAUCUAAAGUGGAAGUUGUACUUGCUAAACCAGUUGAUAAAAAUGAACAUAACUUGAAACUCUCUAAAUCCAAAGGAUUACCUCAGGUUCUAGGGAUUGAUGUUGACAGUCAACUUUUGACCCCAAUUUAUGGGCAGCUGAUGGCGCAAGGUGCCAGGGGUGUCUUGCGGCCAACCCUCCCUAUACGUGGUGGCAGAGGGCGUGGUGCAGCUGGGUCAAGAGCAGCCGGUGGCAACAAAGGUUACAUCCCUUCUUUUACCAAGGGAGGCUACAGAAGACACCCAUCUGAAGGUCGUCUGCUUGACCUGUUGCCUGGUGUGGAGUUAACUCCCAUCAAUCCAACCACACUCAAACCUUUGAGUGUGAGAUCACCUGUACAGGUUUUAGAAGAAUUAUGUCAGAAAAACCAUUGGGGACUUCCAGUGUACCAGCUUCAUUCUGCUAUUCAAAGAGAUGCUUCUACCAAUACAGAUUGUCAGUUCUUUUUAUUCAAGGUUUCUAUACCGGCUCUUCCAUCUCAGACUAUUCAGCCAAAUAAAUUAUGUAGAACUGUUGAAGAAGCAAAGAUAUUUGCUGCUGAAUAUACUCUAAUGCAACUAGGAUUACCUGUUGAAAGCUCAGAGGUGACGAUCACCCAAGCUCCUACCAACACCUACCAGCCAAGACAGAUACCUCAGGCCAUGUCAAUAGCUCAAGUUCCAAUCUCGACCACCACCCCAUCUUACGUUGUGGGUAAAGUUAUUCCCAAUGCUGAGAUUUACUAUCAUCAACAGUAUUAGCCCUUUAUAUUCCAACAACCAUGAUCAGGCUGUAAAUGGUUAAAAGAAAAAUAUUUUACAGCCUGGACCCAGCCAUUCAAUGCCUUCUGUAUACCCAGAUCUCAACAAAAGUGCCUUGUUCAACUGAUCUUGAAAUAGUUUUGUUCUAUUUGGAAAAAAAUAGGUCUAUUCUUGUUCCUUAAUACUGUAGGUUUCCUUAAAUUUAAAUUUUUAAAGAAGACAAUGUAUAUUUUUUAAACAAUGUACUUUUUAAGCAGCAAUAAUUAAUUUCUACUAGAUCUAGUCGCUUAAAAGUUAAAUUUAUUUUAGUCAUGUAUUUAUUUGACAAAUAGAUAGGAUAGUUAAAAGAAUGUAGUUUUUGAAAAAUCGGGUACAUUUUCCAUUAAAAUUCAAUCACAAUAUUGAACGUUUUUUUAAGUACUGAAAAUCAGAUUUUGUUUUUUAAAUACUUUCUUUUACAAUGUUAUUUAAUGUCAUGGUUUGCUCAAGUACAAGCAGUUAAUAAUUUGUCAUACUUUGGGUGAAUCUUACAAUGUGGUGUCUUAAUUUAGAGAUACAACUGUCAUGACAACUAUCUCAUGUAUACUUCUGUGCUUUCCUACCAUACAAAACCAAAAUGUGUUUGUACUAAUCAAUGUAAAUAAUUUAAUUGCCCCCUUUUGUUAUUUAGAUUUGUUGUAUAAACUAAUGCCCAUAACCUGUGUGCCACAGCAGAGUAUGAGUAUUUUAAAAGCGUUUUAAAUUCAUUUCCAAUUAGGCUUGCUGAGAUUUAAUAGUUACAGAUUUUUAUGAAUAGACAUUUACACUAUAUGUAUCACAAAUUUUGUUUAAUUUUUAUUUUAUAAAAGGUUGAAAAUCCAUAAAAACUUCUCUUCAUUUUUAGGGACCAUGCCCAUUAUAAAAAACUAAAUAAGCAUAUUUCCAUCAAAUGUAUGUUUUUCAUUAACAUACAGAUUAUUACAGCAAUAAAUAUUUCUUUUACACAUUUCCUCCCAUUACUUACACAAAUAUUAUAUACAAUUAAAUUUUUCAGUAGUUAUAUAUGUUUAUCAUUUUAAUGUGCUUUGGUUUUCUAAAAAAAAAAAAAAAAAAGAAUUAAGCAAAAAGUUAAGCUUAUUUUGUUUUAUAUGUGUGUGGUUCCUUGAGACAAAUACUUUUUAAGCAGUUGGAAUCUCAUGACAAUGGACUAUAGGUUGGAUUAUAUUUUAUUUUAACACAUGAAAGGUUAUUUUAAUAUAUUUAAAACCUCCACAACAUUUUUAAACAAAUCACUGCCUUUACACACUUAUCCAGCAACACAUCAUUCCCAACACACUUAACACAACACAUACCACAAUUUAUCAGUACAUUUUAAAUGCAUCACACACCAUGCAUCCUUCAUAUGUAUGAUGACAAUUCAGUAACAAAGUAUGGAUUAGUUCUUUUAAGUUACCUAAUGUAUCUUUUUAUCUCUUAAAUUUUAAUUUUUAAAAUUAAGCUUUUUAAAUAUUCUCAAAAUAAUACUGGUACUAAUAAUAUGUAGUCCCAUGUUGUUAUAAAUAUAAUACACAUCUUAAUUUAUUUGUAACUAUUUUGAUUUUCUGUAUUUUUUAAAUAUUAGUUUGGGAAGGUGCUAUUUUAGAAAAAGGAACAUAUAGAAUUAUUUGUUGUCCAUAUAUGAUGUUACACGCCUAGGACGACGGAUAUCAGGACCAUAACAUGCGUGUUUAGUUUUUAACAUAAAUAUCAUUUAAAAUUAUUACUCCUAAUUUGAAUUCACCCCAAAUUAUAGGUCACAUUCAUACAAAAAUUUAGUUAUAACUUUAUAAAUCUAAUACAACUGUUUUAUUGUAUUUAAAAGUUCAAUGUUUUUACAUGCACAGGUACGUCAUGACUUCGUUGCCUUUAUUUUACAAAAGGCUUGCAAAUGUAUACAUUUUUCAGACCAAAAAACUUUUUUAUCAAGUUAAUCAUCGUAUCUUGACUAACAAUUUUUGCCUAAAUCUUUGGGGCCUAAGUUUUUAGAAAAUUUUGAAUUAUUUAGGAUAUUAAAUAAUAAAUAAAAAUUUUUUAGAAAAAUGUCCACAAAAGUUAAUAUUCAUUAUUAUUAUUGAGCUAAUCUUUAUUUGUAAAAAAGCAUUUUAUUACUAUUCAAAUCUUCCAAAAUUAAAGCACAUUAGUAGUAAUGAAUAUAAUAAAAACUUAAAAAUAGGUGUAAUAUUUCUUUUAGAUGCAGUAGAUUUAUUUUAAUUACGAUGCAGAUGGAAAGAUUUUGUGUAAUACACUUUGCUCUUUGGAUUGUAUUUAUGUUUGUAAUUGUUCAUGUUACUAUUCCUUUUAUCUAGUCUGCAACAUAAAAUGUCAUCAUAGAAAGUAGAAAGCUUAUUACAAUAUGUGGUUGAAUGUAAAGACAUUAGUAGUAACACUAGGUUUCUUUUCUCACUAUUAUUGAAACAGCUAGAUUCAAUGUACUCUAUUUAAACUUGCCAUUUAACAUUAUAUACUAUAGCAGUGCUAUUUUGUUAUUUAGGAGAUUGAGCAAAUUUAUAGUUAUAAAGACAUUAGUAAAGGUUUCUUUUCUCACUAUUAUUAAACAGCUAAUUUAAAUGUACUCUAAUUAAACUGUCAAUUUAACAUUGUAUACCAUAGCAGUGCUAUUUUGUUAGUUAGGAGGUUGAGGAGAUUUAUAGUAUUGUUGAAAUUAAAAUGAUUGUGAUUUCAGCAAUAGGUGCAAGGCUUAGUUAUUUGUAAAACUAUUGUCAAAAAGAAUCUUUAGUUUUUGCAGGCCUGUAUGCUAGGUAACUAAUUUAACUCUUGUAGUGCUUUUGCUUGAGAUUUGUUGCCUUUUUGUGUAUUUUACAUUUACAUUAUUUCAUUUAAGUGUGAUUUUAUUAAAUACAUAGUAGCUGCUACAUUUGUCUAAACCUGAUACCAUACCUCAUUCAGUUAUGAUGUACUGCCAUUCAUGUUUUAUGCAUGAAUCAUCCAAGUGCAAAUUCUGCAUGGUACAUGAAUAGCACUUUUAUGAUAAAGAUUCCCUUCCACCUACAUAUAUUUAUAUUUACAUUUUUAAAGAAAGAUGGUUGUAAAGCUACAAUUAUGCAUUUCAUGUUUAUAGUUAUAUAUAAUAGUUUUUUUAAUUGUCUGAUUUGUUUUAUAAAGCAUUUUACUAGCCAAGUCAAGUUUUUAGUAAACCAAUGUUGCCCUGUGAUAUUAGCCACUCAACAAAACAAAUUAAUGUUUUUAAAAAACCAAAAUAACAUUCCAGUGAUUUGCUUUUAUAAAUUCCAUUCCCGAAAUUCCGUGGAUUGCCUUUAAUUACUGUGUGGGUGAUUCCUCAAAUCAUGUUGAGGCUGCUUGACGUAAUUCAAAUGAUACUGUAAGGGACGAAAAGUAUCUUAAUCUUCAUAAUUCACAUAAGUGUCUUUCCAUGCUAUUUAAUAAGACUUUAGUUAAAUUAUUUUUAAGUUUUAUUUUAAGGAUCCAGCCUUACUUACUUAUCAUAAAUCUUAAGCAAUUCCAAUCUUUAUGUUGUAAAUUGAUAUUUUUCCCUUACUUCUAUAAAUGUUGUGUCUUUGCUAGGUAAAACUCUUAAAAUGAUGUAACUGUUGUAGAUUCAGAAAAGUGAACCCUAUGUUGACAUGGUGAUGAUUUGUCUGUUUUGUAAACAAUAUUACCUGCCACAGUUUAGAAAAAACUUGUGCUCAAUGCCCGUUUUAUUUAUUUAUUUUUUUAACUGCCAAGUAUGCAAUUUUUUUUUGUUUCAAUUGAGACUUAACGCAUAUUUUUAUGCUAUAUUGGAAGCUAUAGUAUAAAUAGCCAACAUUAAAAUUUUACCUAUCAAGCUGUUUUUUUUUUUAAUUAAAUUAAUAAUGAUUUUUGUGUCCUGGAAAUAUUUUUAUUUUAAUAUUCUGUAACUCUAUUCUUCUAGAUAUUUAUUGUUAACUGUUGUUCAACAAUUCCAAUGAUGUGUUUUUAUAAAUGUAUGCUUAAUUUAUGUGUGCUUAUCGAAACCGCUUUAAUUUGUAACCUUUUUGUCCCUUUAAAUUUUAUUCAAAUCUAAACAGAAUCGCUUAUCAUUGUUAAUCAUAAUUAAUAAAUGAUGCAUUUUGUAUUC